CCGGAAGACAACAGAUUUUUUUUAUCCUUUUGAUACGAUGCAAAUUUGCGACUGUCAGCGCUAAGUAUUAACAUUAAUUGUGCUUAAAGGAGGACAAAUUAAUAAAAUGCCCUUAUUUGAUGGGUUGGGAAGCGGAGGAGAGAAGACUGCGAUCGUCAUUGACUUGGGAGCAGCAUACACAAAAUGUGGCUUUGCAGGGGAAACGGGGCCCAGGUUCAUAAUUCCGAGCGAGAUCCGGAAACCGGGACAGCAACAGGCCAUCAAAGUGGUUCAGUACAACAUCAACACAGAAGAGCUUUAUGUCAUCCUCAAAGAGUUUAUCCAUAUACUGUACUUCAGGCACCUACUGGUGAACCCUCGCGACAGAAGAGUGGUCAUCAUCGAGUCCAUCCUCUGCCCGUCUCACUUCAGGGAGACACUCACCAAGGUUUUCUUCAAACAGUUUGAGGUGCCCUCUGUGCUGUUUGCCCCAAGUCACCUCAUGGCCAUCAUGACUUUGGGUAUCAACUCUGCUCUGGUGAUGGACUGUGGCUACACAGAGACGCUGGUCCUGCCUGUUUAUGAGUGUACUCCUAUUCUUCCAGCUUGGGAGGCUUUGCCUUUGGGAGGGAAAGCUAUCCAUAAAGAAUUAGACGGACUCCUUGUGGAGCAGUGCACUGUGGACACAGACACCACCACUGGACAGAGCGUACCAGCCGUCAUUGGGACCAUCCCAGAGGAGACUGUGGAGGAUGUCAAGGUCAGAACAUGUUUUGUCAGUGACCUGCAGAGAGGCCUCAAGAUUCAGGAAGCCAAGUUUAACCUGGAUGGUACAGCAGAGCGUCCAGCCCCUCCUCCAGAUGUUGAUUACCCUCUGGAUGGUGAGAAAAUCCUGCACAUCAAAGGAUCAAUCAGAGACUCUGUGAUGGAGAUCCUGUUUGAACAGGACAAUGAAGAGAAGAGUGUGGCCUCUCUGAUACUUGACGCCCUGGUUAAGUGCCCCAUUGACGCACGUAAGGUGCUCUCCGAGAACCUGGUGGUGAUCGGGGGCACAGCCAUGCUGCCGGGUUUCCUGCACCGGCUGCUGGCCGAGAUACGCCUCCUGGUGGAGAAACCCAAGUACAGCGAGGUGCUGGCCAGCAAGAGCCUGCGCAUACAUGCUCCACCUGCCAAGCCCAACUGCACCGCCUGGCUCGGAGGCGCUAUCUUCGGGGCGCUGCAGGAUAUCCUGGGCAGCAGGUCGGUGUCUCGAGACUACUACAACCAGACGGGCCGCAUCCCAGACUGGUGCUGCUUGAGCUCCCCUCCUCCUGAGUCUCUCUACGAAGCUGGAAAGACCCCUCCUCCGCUCAUGAAGAGAGCCUUCUCCACAGAGAAGUAGACUGUGCUGUAACAUCAUUCAAACAAUGUACUCUCUUUUAUUUUACCUGAUAGAACAGUUGUAACACUAAAUGUAACAACAAACGUAACAUCUUGUUAAUGUGUUAACUACACAAACAGCUCCAGAUGUUUGCAACGUCUAGUAGUCACACCCAUGUUUUUGUAUGCACUGACUGUGGACUGAUGAUCGGGUGACCUGGUUUCUGACCUCACCAGACUGAACAGAUAUCAGGAUUUUAGGCGGUUACAUUGAUAUUCUACAGGGCUUACAGUUCCAGAAUUUCAAAUAGGUCCUGUGCUACACUCUGCCAUGUCUCCUGUUUCAUUUGAAGUCUCACUGAGCAAGACGCUGAACCUGUACGUGCUCACUCUCGCUCCUCUUUGUUCUGGAUUUUGUUGGCAGUUGAUCUGAAAACACAGCAGAAAUGCUUUCCGACGAUGACCCAGUUGAGCUUCAGUCAUGCAUUUGUCAACAAAACGAGAGAAAAUUUGCUCCACUCUGAAGAAAACCAGUGUGACGUUUGAGUGUGGAAAUCUGAAAUCAUGAAUCUAAAAUGUGGAUUCUAACGGUGAUGUCUCAUGGAGCUUUAAAAGAAAAAGAAGGAAAAAAAAGUACCUAUUUAUUGUUUGGACUUAAUGAAGGCCCUGCACACUCACACAGGUGCUUUCAGUUCUUCCAGCCACUUAACAGCAUUUCGUGUGAAAGAAGGGUGGAGUUCUGUGUUACAGGAGGGUCAGAGAUGUGUCAGUCAUGGUUUGCACAUAUCCACACAGCCCUGAGAAGUGCUCUAAUCAAGCAAAAUAAUUUAAAUCACCUGUGUGUUGACCAUUGUUGUUGUUGUUGUUUCCAGACAAACAUCUUCCAAACAAUGCCUGCUCUGUAACCUUUAAAUUCAACUAUUACAACAAAUAAAUAUUCAGAAUUCA